AUGGACGCCCCGAGCCCUGUGAACCGACGAACGAGAAGAGGUGAUGCCGUGGCGGUUACGGGCACCACGAGGCACCAUUUCCCAACGGGCAACCAAGCCAGUCGGAAGAGUCAUGAAUACUGCAGGGCGUCUUAUGAUCUAGGAUUGGGUUGCUGGAGGAAGGUCAAGCGACUCGUGAGCAGCAGGCACGCAGCGCACAUCCGAAGUAUUCAAAGCCCCCAGGAGGCGUGGGAGAGUGGGUUCAAGUCCCACGAGCAGACUCGGUUUGAGUCCGUUUAUCGAGCGGAUAACGGGUGA